GUGAUGAGGUCACAAGUGGUGCUCCCCUUCCCCCCCAUCUCUGGCUUCCUCAGAGUUAGGCAGAGGAAUCAGAGGGAAAAUCCACCUUCUCACACACAGCAAUACCAUCCACCUCACUCGACUACUUGUCAAGUUCACUACCAACACAAAGGGGGCAUAGAAAAUCAAAGAAUGUCGAGUGAUGAUAACAAUAAAUCUAGUGAACCCAAGAAUGAGCCCAAGAAUUGUGAUCCCAGAUGUGAACAAAAGUGUGAAGCCAAAUGCCAGCCCAGCUGUUUAAAGAAGCUGCUGCAAAGGUGCUCUGAAAAGUACCCACGAGAAAAGUGCCCAGCACCACCAAAGUGCCCACCGUGCCCCCCACCAUGCCCUUCUCCAUGCCCGACUUCCUGCCCCCCCAAGCCCUGUGCCAAGCCCUGUCCUCCUAAAUGCCCAUCUCCCUGCCCACCCCCAGAGUGAGGUACCAAGGGUACCACUCAACCCACUACCUCCAACAUCUCUACCAUGUUCACCAUCUUGGUGUUGAAAGCUGAAGCCAUGAACUGACAAGUAAAUAUGUCCCUCUGCUGUGCAAA